AUGAGGACAGGGAUCAAAGUUGAUUCUCAAAAAGGCUCUGAAAUUUUGUUAAAAAUUUAUAAUAAUACGACUCCUUCUACAAAUACAAAGCCUCAGCGUGUGCCUUCUUCAAACCCCACCACCAAAGCCUUUCUUCUCCAAAAUCCAAAACCCAAGAAUUCAACAGUGAUGUCGACCCCUCUCGUACCAGACGCUUAUGUUCUUGCAAGCCUAAUGGAAUCUCACUUCAAAGAACUCGAUCUGAUCCCGGAACUCUUUCUCCUGAACAACGAAGAAAUGCUUUUCAUACUGGAAAAGUGCUUCUCACACUCUUGCCUGGAGAAGGCUAUUGCAGAAAAAAUUGCUGUCGAUGAAAGCGAUUCAGCCGAUCAGAUUAACCCCAGUCCAGUUGACUCUGCUCUUCUCAAGGACUGUGUGGCGCAAGUUCGGGUGGCCAGCAAAAAACGCUUCAUCAAAAUUGUGCAUUGCUACCUGCUCAAAGCAGGAAAGGAGAAAGAAGCUCAAGAAUACCUCGAAAAGGUGAGCCCUGCAUCCCGGGUCGAUCACUUGGAGUCCGUCAAGAUGUGGAAUUACCUUACUCUGCCAUUCCAGGUGCUCAAGGUAAUGGAGGAUAUGGGAUUAGGCACAAGCCCUUUGAGUUUCUCCAUGCCUCCAGCACCACCUGAGGUUUUUCCCACUCCGGCACGGGGCUGGAGGCCCGGCCAGGCUACUGCCCACGGUAACAUUCCGGGACCUCGUAUUAGAGGCCUAAUUGACAGCUUCAUAAAUAAUUUCUGUAAGAACUUUGUUAAUUUGAGUUUACUUGGGUAA